AUCUAUUGUUUCCUGCCGAUAGUACUAACUUAAAUCCACUUCGGCCGCAGGCGCUGGAAAGUCUUUCUCGAUGGUAGGCUAUGGGAGUGACAAAGGAAUUAUUCCUACAGCAUCCCAAGUGAUUUUUGAGCGAAUCGAGGCAAACACCUCGGAAAUUACGUUCAAAGUGGAGGCCAGCAUGAUGGAGAUUUAUAACGAGCGUGUGAAAGAUCUGUUCAAUCCCUCGUCGGAUAAUCUGAAGGUCCGCGAUCAUCCUAGCCAAGGCCCGUACGCCGAGGGGCUCACUCGUAGUGCUGUUUCCUCGUAUUCAGAAAUCGACAGGCUGAUGAAUGCUGGCAUUCUUGCACGAACAACCGCAUCAACAAACAUGAACGCCACAAGUUCACGGGCACACACAAUAUUCCAAAUUAUUGUUACUCAGUCAGAGCUCAAUCCAUCCACGGGUAAAGUUAUGGAUAAAGUGAGUCGGAUCAAUCUGAUCGAUCUGGCAGGGAGUGAACGAGCAACCAGUACGGGAGCGACUGGGUCUCGAUUGAAAGAAGGCGCUGCUAUCAACCAGUCCCUAUCAGCGUUAGGGAAUUGUAUUUCCGCUCUGGCAGACUUGGCGAAUGGCAAGAAAUGCCUGGUCCCGUAUCGAAAUUCAAAGCUUACUCAUUUACUCAAGGACUCGCUAGGUGGUAACUCUAAAACGAUCAUGAUUGCUGCAUUAAGUCCUGCCAGUGUUAAUUACUCGGAAACAUUAGGUACUUUACGCUAUGCAGAUAGAGCGAAGCAGAUCAAGAACAAGGCCAUUGUGAAUGAGGAUCCCAAUCAAAUUCUCAUUCGACAGCUGAAGGAAGAGCUCGAAAUGCUUCGGAAAUCCAUGAUAGAGAACAUGGACGCUCGACCACCAUCAAGAGGAAUGGGUGGUGGAGAAGGUGAUCUUGGUGGCGAGUUUAAUGGCUCCAGAUCGCCACAGAUAAACACAGCUCGUGAACGAGAGCUGGCUGCUAUCAGAGAACAACUUGAGGAGAACCAGCGUUUGCUGCAAGAAAGCGAGAAAUCGUGGAAUGAGCGACUUAAAGAGACCGAAGAGCUUGCUAGAAAACGCGAAGAACAGCUGAAGGUCCUUGGACUUGUCAGCAAUGCACACGAGCUGAAGGAAAAGACCGUGACGAAUCCUCACUUACUCAAUCUGAACGAGGACCAGCAAAUGUCUGAAAAGCUGGUCUACUUCAUCAACUCUGGUUCUAACAGGAUUGGUCGUAUCGACGCAGAUGGAGAGCAAAAUAUCGUCGUUGGUGGACUUGGCAUCAUGAAAGAACACUGUAUUAUCACACGACGGGAACAGCCAACACAUCAAGAACACUCGCUGCUAUUUAUCACUGCUUGCCAUGGAGCGAAGGUAUUCGUGAACGCAGAGCCACUCAAAGAAGGGGAAGAAAUAGAGCUACGCCACUGUGAUCGAUUGGUAUUGGGCUGCUCGAAUGUUUUUCGAGUUGUGAUUCCCUCUGCACGGUCUGAAAACCCCACUACGGACGAGUUAGCGCACGAAUCACGAUUUGACUGGCAAUGUGCGAUGAAAGAACUCAACAGUAAGCAGAUCAAGGCAACGAUGGAGGCUGAAGCGAUCGCUGAAAAGGAAAAGCAGGAAAUGGACGCUCGGAUGAAGAAAAUGGAGGAAAUGAUGCAAGCGGAGCAGAAAAUCGCGGAAGAAAAGCUUGGGAAGCAACGAGAGGAAUGGGAGCAACAUGUUCGAACACUGAACGAACAGAUGAAAGUAAAAGAACUGGAAAUCAAGACUCAAAUGCAAACGGAAGGUGAUAACGACAAGAAAAAACUCGCUGAGCAGCUAGCGCAACAGGAGUCAAAACUGGCCGAAGAAUUGGUCAAAGCUGAAAUUUUAUUCGAGAAAAAGCAGCAAGAAUUGGUAGAAAGACAAAAAGAACUUGAAAUGUCAUUGCAGAAACAAAUGCGAGAAGCCAAAGUGCUGGGGUCGCAGAAAGAAAGGGAACGAGUGGAAAGAAUGAAGUUUGACGAUCUGUUACUGCAAUCUAUUCCUCUGGUGAACGAAGCCAACUCAAUCGCCGACGAGCUCCAAAAGCAGACAUUAUUCACUCUGCGUCUCAUCACUUGUGGUCCCACGCUGGCAUCUCUCGCUGGUAGUUCUGAGACUUUGGACGACGAAGAACUCGCCAUCAGUAACGGGAUUGGAGCAGAGUUGAAAGUAGAGGUGAACUUCCAGGAAUCCGGGACAUUUCGUAGCGUCAUGUGGGAUAUUGAGCAAUUUCACGCCAACGUCUACGUGAUGCGUGAAAUGUACCAGACUUUUAUUGAGCACAAUCGAUUGCCAGCUUAUGUGGAUACGUGGAAGAGUACUUAUGGUGAUGACUGCGACCCCUUCUAUGAUCCUCCGAAGCCUCAACUGAUCGGCAAAAGUUUUGUAUUUCUCAGAAAUAUUGAAUUUGGCUGCAAGAUUAACGAGACAACCUCCAUUUUCAAUCACAUGGGUGGGAAUAAUGGCACUUUGAAGUGUGAGAUCACACCAACCAUUCUUUCACAUGAAUGGCAGGCAUGUCAGCAUCGAUUAGUGGAGACUUGUCCGGAAGAUUUAGAGACGCUAGUUCUCCCUACGCUUACCAACUUUAUUGGAUCAAAUUUGCGGGUCAACAUAUUUGUCGAGUCACUUCGAGGAAUUCCAGGGAAGUUGUGUAAAGACGCAUACGUGAGCUUCAAGUGGAGUGGGGAUACUCAGGAGCAUGAGGAACCUGUGGAAUACAAGUCAGAGCCAACCGCUUCACCAUCCGUGGAUCCUCAACUCGAGUUUAACGUCGUGAUCGAGCAAGUUAUUACCCCCGAAUUGGUCGAGUUUCUCCAAAAUUCACCUCUAGAAUUUCAUGUCUAUGGAAUUGUGCCUAGUAGCAACCUGAACAAAGUGGCAUCUCAUGCUGUCGAUCUGAAAAAUACCAAGUCGUCUGCUGAUCUGUACGGUGAUGGCUCAAUUCAAUUCUUCAAUGCGGAUGCGAACGGACGUAAUACGCUAUUGAGUAAAAAGAAGUCAAUGCGACGUCGGAAGAUUCAAGCAAUGGAAGACGAAAACUCAGACGCCAUCCUGCAGCAAUAUCGAGAGCAACUCGCCGUCCAGGAGAAAACCCUGUCAGAAAAUACGCUAGAACUCGAGAGCAAAACUCAAGAAGCCAUCACACUCCAGCAGUAUCUAGAAUUCGAAAGAACUCAAAACACGGAUCUACGUUGUGCUCUGGAAAGUCUGGAAAGGACCAAUAAAUUGCUGAGGGCGAAACUGGAAGAGCAAAUUUUGAAAGAGACGACCGCUGCCCCAGUUCCAGCACCGGAACCUGUUCAGGUGACUACACUUAUCACCAACAGCAAUGAACGCACUGCUUCUUUUGCCAAAUCCAGUGACAGUCAAAGGGAGCGCUCUAGAACAGCAAGUAGAAGGAGAUCUCGAGCUGAAAUGGUGAAGGAUGUGGUGUUUGAAGGCGUUGAAGGCAUACCAAUGGAAACAGCUCAUGAUGAUUCUGUAUUAGCAAAGAAGCAGGAAUCGCUAGCUGUAUCAACAUCGUCCAAAGAAUAUUGUGCACAAGUUAUCAACAUCGACACGAUGGUAGGUAGUCCGCGUAGUGUACGCGCCGAUGGCUCGUUAGCGACUGCUACUAUGAGUAGAUUAACCACUUAUCCAGCCGUGGCCGGUGAUUCUGGAGAUAGUGAAGGUCCAAUCGUACCAAAAAGGAUAGACAAACCAAGGAAAAGUGAAUGCAUUGUCAUGUAAAGUAAAUUUAUUUACAAGUCGUC